AUGGAAGAAAUGGAAAAGGUUGAUGGUACUAUGAAUGUUAAGGAACAAAACUGGAAUCUUGAGACGUACACUGAAGAUGAUGCUAAGCAAUUAGGGGAUUACAAAAUCCCUUGCAUUUUGUUUCGUGAUGGAUAUGAAAAUGGCCGGAGAUUGUACGAUAAAUUCAAUGGAAGGACUUGUCAUCAAUGCAGACAGAAAACUCUAGGCCUUCGCACUCAAUGCAGCAGAUGCAAGGGCUCGACUGGGAUGUUAUGUGGAGAUUGUCUAUACAUAAGUCGCCAUAGCGGAGAAUAUAUUGGGGAAGCUUGA